UUUCUGGGGCCAAUCGCGAGGCGAGACUAGACGCCGAGCUGCUGAUUGGUUGGACGGAGGUUCUUAGCCUGUGCGUAGCCCCUAGUUCAUGUCUACUGAACUGAGUCCAGCUGGCGCCAGAGCUGACACAGGAUGCUUUGGGGAUGUUACAAAAAAGGCCAGAAUAAGUGGAGCUUGCCAUCUGAGUAAGAGCCUCCAUCCAAUCCUCCUCUCUCGCGCUCUCCUUCGCCUCUCCCUCCCACUUUUUUUUUGCUUUUUGCUUUUUGCAUUUCCCUCCUCCAAACAAUCAUCCGUCACCCCCCCCCGCCCCCGUUUACAACCUCCUAAAGAAACUUUUCAAACGUUUGGAGUUUGAUUCAGUCUGCUUGGAAGAUCUCUCUGUGGUGAUCCCAAGUGUGUGGCAACAGGAACCUCUCUCCGCAGCUUCCCUCCUUCAAAGAGAGACGCGGCUGCUUUUUUUCCCUUCCAAGGCCACCCAACUACUUCUGAGAUCUCUACGAUUCAAAACCAAACGAAACUAAAGCAAAACUGUUUGGGGUUGGCGGGAGGCGGGGGCUAGGGGCGGAGUGGGAAGAAACCCACCGAAAUGGAGGUAGCCACGGACCAGCCACGCUGGAUGGCCCAUCACGCCGUGCUGAACGGGCAGCACCCGGAGACUCAUCACCCGGGGCUGGCUCACAACUAUAUGGAACCGGCGCAGCUCCUACCUCCGGACGAAGUGGACGUCUUUUUUAACCACCUGGACUCCCAGGGCAAUCCCUACUAUGCCAACUCAGCCCAUGCGAGAGCCAGAGUUUCCUACAGCCAGGCACACGCCCGUCUGACCGGCGGCCAAAUGUGCCGGCCUCACUUGCUCCACAGCCCCGGUCUGCCUUGGCUGGACAGCGGCAAAGCGGCGCUCUCGGCGGCCCACCAUCACAACCCGUGGACGGUGAACCCUUUCACCAAGGGGCCUUUGCACCCCUCGGCCGCCGGCGCGCCGCCCGGCGCCAUCUCGGUAUACCCCGGAGGCAGCAGCUCAGCGUCGAGCGCGGCCUCGGCUUCCUCGCUCACGCCGGCCUCGCACUCGGGCUCGCACCUCUUCGGCUUCCCGCCUACGCCGCCCAAGGAGGUCUCGCCGGACCCCAAUGCGGGGAGCAGCGCCGCCUCGCCAGCCUCGGCUUCAGCCGGCGGCGGUAGGCAAGACGAUAAGGAGCCCCUCAAGUACCAAGUCGCCCUGGCAGACGGCAUGAAGAUGGAGAGCGCCAGCCCGCUGCGCAGCAGCCUCGCCGCCUCCAUGGGCGCGCAGCCUUCCACGCACCAUCCUAUCCCCACCUACCCUUCCUACGUGCCCGCCGCCCACGACUACGGCGGCAGCCUCUUCCACCCGGGCAGUUUCCUCGGGGGGCCCGCCUCUAGCUUCACCCCAAAGCAGAGGAGCAAAGCCAGGUCCUGCUCAGAAAGAAAUCCGGUUUCUUCGUGUUUCCAUUUAGAAGGCAGAGAGUGUGUCAACUGUGGAGCUACUGCCACCCCUCUCUGGAGAAGAGACGGUACUGGGCAUUACCUGUGUAACGCCUGCGGGCUGUACCACAAAAUGAAUGGUCAAAACCGACCUCUCAUUAAACCUAAGCGGAGACUGUCAGCUGCUAGGAGAGCAGGAACUUGUUGUGCCAACUGCCAAACCACCACCACCACUUUAUGGCGACGUAAUGCCAAUGGGGAUCCAGUUUGUAAUGCCUGUGGACUGUAUUACAAAUUGCACAAUGUGAACAGGCCUCUGACCAUGAAGAAGGAAGGGAUUCAGACCAGAAAUAGGAAAAUGUCCAACAAAUCCAAGAAGAGCAAGAAAGGCUCUGAAUGUUUUGAGGAACUGUCUAAAUGCAUGCAAGAGAAGUCCUCUCCGUUCAGCGCUGCUGCCCUGGCUAGUCACAUGGCACCAAUGGGCCACUUGCCACCCUUCAGCCACUCUGGACACAUUCUCCCAACCCCUACCCCCAUUCACCCAUCAUCCAGCAUCUCAUUUGGACAUCCGCAUCCAUCCAGCAUGGUCACAGCUAUGGGAUAGAAUUGAAUGACUCUCACGGACUUCCAGCACUGGGCUUUGCCUGAGGUGAUGGGAAGAAAAGACUUUGCCCAGGAAAGAGAAUGUAAGGAAAAAAAGAAAGCAAAGUGAAAGGGGAUCUCGUUCCAGCACAAUUCAACUCCUAGUGCUAAGUGGAAACUUUGCAAUGAUGGGUCUUCUGCAGAAAUGCUUAACGGUGCCUGUUAUGCACUUUGCUCCCUCAGGUAAAAGGAGAAAGAGGAACUCAUCCAUGUGACAUGAUACCUGCUUGUCCCAGUGGACAGGAAAGGUGGCCGGAGCAGUGAAAGGGACUGGAGCCAGCUUUCCAUUCUCUCUGUUCAUUACUGUGAAUAUUGUAAAGAGAUUAGCCAUCUCCUGAAGCAGAGGAAGUUCAGUGGUAGCCACCCAUGCUGGAUUUCUAUCAUGGAUUGUGUUUUGUGGGGAGGAAAAAUGGACAACUUUAUUAAAAAAAAUCUACUUUUUAAGAAACCAGUCACAAAAAAAAAAUCAUUAUUUAUUUUGCUCUUAUGUUCCAGAAAGAGCUUCAAAACUCUUGCAUGAAUUUAUGGAUCUUUUAUUUUAUUUUUAUUUUGUUUAAAGAAAUGUCCAACCUAGUAGAAAACAAUUUUUCUAAUUAUUAUUAUUAUUUUUAUUGCUUAAUGGCCACAUUUUUAUUUCUCUUCAUUGCUGUUAGAUUUUUUUUUUUAAAAUCUACUAGGAAGGGGAUGUGUGUGAAAGAGGGAAGUGGCUGGCUUUAACAUUGGUUACAAUACCCUCGGGCAUGGAUUAUUUGGACAUGAUUUCUGCAUUCUCUUUCUCAGUGUGAAUAUCUUGAGGUAAAAGUGUGGCAUUCUACAAGAGAACAGAUACACUGGACAAAUGGCUAAAAGGUUUUCCAUAGGGAACAAUCUUGCUGUGGCUGGAGAGUAAAACAGGGGGAGCCUGGAUGUCUUUCUCAUCAUACUUCUGUUAAGGAUGUGUGUGGACUGAUAAGGGGCAUUCCCACCUCAAACCAUUUAGCCUGCCCCGAAGGCCUCUCCCUUGCUCUCUCCAGCAGCAUGGCAGCACAGAUACCAGGCAGCUUCUCAUAACUGAUCUCAUUGCCUUCGCCCAGACUUCCCCAGCUUGGUGUCCUCUCCCCAGUUGGGCUACAGUUACUAUCUCCUCAGCCAGUAUGACUCAUGGAGAGCAGGCAAGUCCCAAGACCAUUUGCUGCCUGAGGCUAAGAGCAGUUUGUCCUCUCCCCAUUUAAUGCCUAGGAACCCACUGAAUCAAUAGAUGGAGCUUAACAAUAAUGAUGUGAGGCCCUCAACCCUUCACCUCCUUCCAUGGCUCAGUCUGCUGUGUUGAAAAUCUGCAAUAAUGUCUUGCAUUAGGAUCCAUAAAUUCUCUUCCGAAAAUGCUGGGCAUUUCUGCCAUUCAGGUUUAUGCCAACUGCCUGUAUUAUGCAAAGACAGUUUAACGACAUAGUGAACUGCCUUACAAAGACCAACCAACCCAGUACUGACCAUUGCAGCAGCUGUCCUCUGCAGCUUGUCCUUCCUCUUCUGUAAGAUUGUUUAAUAGGAGGUGCCAAGUAUUGAACCUAUGAAAACUUUUGAUGUACGAAGCACCUAUGCUGCCAGGUAGCUGAAGCCUUUUCUCUAGGGCAGUGUUUCUCAACCUUGGCAACUUUAAGCAAGCUGGCUGGGGAAUGCUGGGAGUUGAAGUCAACACAUCUUAAAGCUGCCAAGGUUGAGAAACACUGCUCUAGGGGACUGUAUUCUUAGAUUUAACACAUAAUUUCAGAUCAUGGCAGGAGACGGAAAACCCUUUUAAGCUGAACAACCCUGAAAGGAUCCAUUGUGAUGGUUCAAUUUAAUCAAUUUUGUUAGGAGAUUUGCCCAAGACGCAUAAACACUUUGUCCAAGCAGAGAUGGAAUUUGCCACCUAUAGGCACGCAUGUUGUGACAAAUGAUCUGCUUGACAAGAGGGAAAAAGCAGAAAGAAAAUGAAGAUCUGCAAGACAGGGGUAAGAGAAAGAGAGAGAUUUUCGACUUUUCUGACAGGUCAGACGUAGCAACAGCAAGGGAAAGCGAUCUGCUUGUGGGGAAAAUGGGGUAUAUGGUUUCCUAUAGCAUAUAUAUAUAUAUAUAUAUAUAGAUUUGUUUUUAACGAAAAUCACAAGUAUUCAGAAACAGAGUUGUCUCCCAUUCUGAAACCAUAUUGUACGUAAAAAGAUGAAAAAUAAAGCUCUUGCCAGUGUGAAAUGUAUUCUAUUGAUUGUUAUGAUCUGCUGACUUUCAUGAUCACAAGGUCCAAUAUAACAUAUGAUGUACAUAUUUAGCUAUAUUUCUGAUGAAAAAAAAUGGCCCCAAUUAACAAAGGGCUUUGAUAAUGUAAAUCGCAUAAACUUAACUCUGUGGCAAGUUUUUAAUUGUCUUUUUUUUCAACGUUUUUUUAUUCAAGCCCAACUGUAUCUUUAACUGCAAAAGUCUGCUUAAAAGAAAAAUCUAGGUGUCCAUUGUUUUUGUUUCCUCCUAUAUCUGUAAUUCAGUUUUUGGUAAAAGAACAAAGGACCAAGCAUUCCAAGCAAAAUGCCUUUUCUCACUUUUCUGGGAUUGUGUAGGCAUAAUGUAGCUGCACUUUGUGAAGAAGUAGAAAUGACAAAAUGCCCCCCCACA